UAGUAAACAGAAAAAAACAGAAGCUGCUUUUGUCUGGCAGUGCUGGUCUUCACCCAUGUAGUCCAUUAUCCAAGAAACACUCUUCACAUAUCUUCUUGCUCUCUGGAUGUUUACAGAUACCCAACUCCAAACUCCUCUUUUAUGCUUUCAUGUUGCUUGUUAGAUGCACACUGAAUCAUAUUUUUAUAGAAUCAAGAAUCCGGAAUGGUCAUUUCAGACGCAGAGAAAAGAAUUCCAGUAUUGGAGAUGUUAAAAUGUGGAAAAGCGACAGGGUCUAUAUCGACAAACAUGGCAAAUGGCGAAUCUUUGAUCACAAAAAGAUGUCCAGGAAACGAUGUGGCUCUUUGAGGGGACAAGGAUGGAAAUAUGGAUCAGGAUUUGUUGAUGGGAUUUUCCCGGUGCUAAGUCCUGUUGCUCAUCAGAUUCUGAACUUUGUGCGGAAAGAAGUGGAUCCGAAUAAUGUUUGGGCUGCUCUUGAUACUCUUCCUGUCACUCACGAGACUUGGGAUGAUCUUAUUAAUGUAGCCGUCCAACUUCGUUUGAAUAAACAAUGGGAUCCGAUUGCAUUGGAUGUUUGCACAGUAUUUUUCUAUUCAAACAUUAAGACUGAAUCCUCGAUUGUUCAAUGGAUAUUGUACAAGAGCUUCUUCCAGACAGAUGUCAUGUGCUACAAUUUACUAAUAGAUGCUUAUGGGCAAAAAUCUUUGUACAAGAAGGCAGAAGAAACAUAUCUUGAUCUUCUUCAUGCCAGGUGUAUCCCUACUGAAGACACUUAUGCCCUUCUUAUAAAGGCUUACUGUGCAACUGGAUUGUUAGAAAAAGCUGAAGCUGCCUUUGUUGAUAUGCGAAAGUAUAGCCUUCCUCCAAGUGCAAUUGUAUACAAUGCUUAUAUUGAUGGGUUAAUGAAGGCUGGAAACCCUCAAAGAGCAAUUGAGAUCUUUCAGCGAUUGAAAAAUGAUGGCUGCCAGCCCUCUACUGACACCUAUACACUGUUGAUCAACCUUCAUGGGAAGGCAAGUCAAUCUUACAUGGCCUUGAAGUUGUUUAACGAAAUGAGAAGUCAAAAAUGCAGACCAGAUAUCUGCACAUACACAGCUCUGGUGAACGCGUUUGCUAGAGAGGGACUCUGUGAGAAGGCAGAAGAAAUAUUUGAGCAGAUGCAAGAAGAUAAGCUUGAGCCUGAUGUGUAUACUUACAAUGCGCUCAUGGAAGCUUACAGUCGUGCAGGUUUUCCUUACGGGGCUGCAGAAAUAUUUUCACUCAUGCGGCACAUGGGCUGUGAGCCGGAUAGAGCUUCAUAUAACAUCAUGGUAGAUGCGUAUGGGAGAGCUGGUCUUCAUGAGGAUGCUCAAGCGGUAUUCAAUGAGAUGAAGCGACUAGGAAUAACCCCUACAAUGAAAUCACACAUGCUACUUCUCUGUGCCUACUCAAGAGCAAGAAAUGUGGAUAAAUGCGAGGAAAUUGUUAACCAGAUGAGCGAAUCUGGGCUUGAACCAGACACGUUUGUCCUCAACAGCAUGAUGCACUUGUAUGGCCGGCUUGGCCAAUUUGAAAAGAUGGAGGAAGUUCUUACUGCAAUGGAAAAGGGACCUUAUGGAGCUGAUAUCAGUACAUACAACAUCUUAAUCAACAUAUAUGGACGAGCAGGAUUUUUCGAGAGAAUGGAAGGUAUUUUCCAAUCACUUCCAACCAAAAAUCUGAAACCUGAUGUUGUGACUUGGACUUCAAGAUUGGGAGCCUACUCUAGAAAGAAACUAUACGCAAGAUGCUUGGAAAUCUUUGAAGAAAUGAUUGAUGCUGGAUGUCACCCUGAUGGAGGAACUGCCAAAGUACUUCUAUCAGCAUGCUCAAGCGAAGAUCAAAUUGAACAGGUUACCACUGUAAUCAGAACAAUGCAUAAGGGCAUGGAGGCUGCUCUUCCUGCAUGAUUAAUGUUCCUUGAUCAGGUCCAUAAAACUCAAAAGAAAAGGAUGGAAUACUAUUAUAGGAAAUGAUUUUUUUUACAAAAAUAAAAAA